CUUUCUUUUGGAUUUUGAGAACACUACCAUGACAAUCCCUAAGAGAGAUACAGCUGCUAUGAAACAUCUGUCUUACCUUCAGAAGAUGCCUGAGAGUUAAAGAGAAUCCAUAGAAGAGGAAGGGAAGUCAUGCAGUAAAGCAAAGUAAUGAACUGCUUUUGUCUAUGUAUUGUUCAGCUUGAAUCAUUAUAAUCAGAAAAUAGGAAAAUUUUUUAAAUAGACUUUUCAGUCUAUGAGAAAUUGUUCAGCCAGCAAUACCUCAAAGCUAUUCAUCCUGGACAGAAAGAAUCCUGAACAAAAUUUCUGCUAUGGAAACCAAUUUUUGGCCAGAGAGGCCAAAGAUGGUAGCUGAAUGGAAAACCAGAGCUCAGAUAUAGAGCCAACAUGAAAGGAAUUUUCAAGGAUGUACAGUUCCCUGUUCAUAAUACAAUAUUGAAAUCCACAGGGAUUUUGCAGCAAUAUCCAUGAGCAUUAGAGAACAUGGCCCUCAGUGAAUAAGCACCAGCCCGUUCCUUAACUGUGCAAAGCAGAACUGCUGGAACAUACUUUGGGUGAGUCUCAUGAGCCUUUGGUUACCAGUGUUGUGCCUUCCAUCACACAUACACACUCACAAAGGGUUUCCUCAGCAACUCCACUGAGGCUUACAGCUCUUAAUGCAAACCUUUUUGUGUCUAUUAUGAAAGUGACUUCCUGUAGGAAAGUAAGGCUGUGAUAUUUUGGAAGUUGUUUUGAACACAAAAGCUCAGUCUUUUAGAUUGCAAGGGUGGGUUUUUUCCUCUAGAGCUUUUUUUAAAAGCUGUCAGAUUGAACCUUUUCCUUGCUUGCUCACCUCAGAAACUAGCUGUGUUUCGAAGUCCUCCAGCAUCCUUCCACACCUGCAUUUCUAGUAUCACCUACCAUAUUUCUUCCCAAAUGAUAUGAAGAGCCUCAGUAAUGCAACAUGAACACUGCAGGUGAGACACACCAAGAUAACACUCUGCAAUGCUGCUGGUCACACCUGCAGCUUCCUCAGAAGGUCAUUUUCUUAAGUGAAGUUAGGAAUUCAAAAGGUUCAGAAUUUCCAAUCUAGUAGAUGCAAAGAUAGAUUAUGGUCUCAAAUAUUUGUGGUCAUUCAGAAUCUCACCAAACUUUGGACAUUCUCACAGAGCUGAUGGAGCAAGACUCAAAAGAAGAGAAAGAUUGAGCAUACAGAAUAAUUAGUAUGAGAAGUGAGGGAUUUUUUUAACUAAUAAAAGAUAGAAUACAAAUUAAUGAGAAACCUAUGUAACUUGUAGCCAAUGAACAUCCAUGCCUUUGUUUGCCAAAACAUAUUAAUAAUGAAAAGUUCUAAUAGCUCUGGUGCUGGUUUUGUGGAUUUGCCACCCAGUCUCCCUUUCUGUGCAGAACUGUAAAUAAACCAGAUAGCUUGACUGUGUGUGGGGAUUAGCCGCUCUCAUACCAGUUGAAAAAAACAUUUUGGGACAACAAAGGCAUGGAUGAAAAUACAGGAGGAAAUCCUCAGAACACAAAUUAAGAUAGUUCAUGUCAGGGCAAAAUACUGACCUCUAUCAUUACACACAUUCAAAUUAAGGCCAGGAAUUCAUAUUUUAGAUGUAGAAAACUGUAGAAAGUGGCCUGGUAUCAUUUAUGCUGGUGCUUCCAAUACCACUGAGCAUGUUCUGUCUCCUCCUUUGGCAGUAGGGUAGUGUCCCAGUCAACAUCAAAGCAAAGAAGUUGAUGAUCACCUGAAAAGCUUAGGUAGUUCUCAGGUGUCUCACGGCCUCUUCUUUGCCAGUCUGCUUUUCCCUUGAAGACCACCUUUAUAGUCUACUCCACUAGAUUAACUAUGACUUGCUCCAGCAAUUCCUUUCUGCUCUUUACAAGCAGCUAUGGGUGUUGUACAAAAAGUGAACAACCAGUCUUUUCUGUAGUCAUGAACUGGAAUCACAGUAAUAAGCUGAACUCUUGUUCCCCAAACUUUUGUUCUUGAUGUGUAUAGGGAUUGCCUCAUGGAUUUCAGCCUCAGAAGCUGCUAAGAGAUCUGCCUGCAGGGCUGCUGGAGGCGUUUAUCACUUGAGGGGUUGUGCUGCACAUUAGAAUAGAGUUAACAAAUAACCAUAUGAACUUUUGUACAGAUUUCUUAUUGUUUUAUUGUCUCCUAUCAAAAGUGAUUGUUUUAUUGUCUCCUAUCAAAACAGAACACUGAAAUACAGAAUCUUAUUUGUGCAGCCCUUCAUUAUUUUCUGCUCUGAGUGCUGUUAUUCUGAGAUGUUGCUUUUCUUCAAAAGUGCACAGAGGAGUUCCAAUGCAGCCUGGGUGUGAGAGAGCCUGAAGAGGCUGAUGUCCUGCAGCACAGAUCAGGCCCCAUGUCUGUAAGUACUGCAAAGAGAUCAGCUGCUCCCAGGAAGGAAACAGCCUUGUCUCUUCUCAGUGAGCAUAUUCCCAUGGAACCUGGUAGAAGUGGAUCUUCUCUACAAAGAGAAAAUUAUAAAUUCUUAUACAGUUCAGCAGCUGAUUUGCUCAUAGGAGCUGCUGUCUUUUGCAGGAGCCAUUUCUUACUGGCAGCUGAUAAAAACCUUGCAGUCCAACGCAGGGAGUCUGGAUGUCAUUGUGUUCAUCAAAUCCUAUUGCCUUUCCCCUUAAGACUCUGGUGGAACUUUUCUUAAAAGCUAUAGCCAGUGGAAUAAUACUACAAAAAGUAUCUGUUCACACUCUAGUACAGUCUCUUUAUUAAUUUCUAAUUUGUGUAGGUCCAUGCAUGAUUAAAAACAGAAAACUAAGCAAAUAAGAUUGCAGAUCACCAAAAAUGCAGCUAUAGGCAUCAUGAGAGGAAGCUCAUAAAUGUUUUCAAAAGGUUGUUUGUUUUAACACCAGGUAAGCAUGGCAACGUAAGUGAUGAUUAGAUGAACCAGCAUUCUGUCGGAUGCUGCUACAAGCAAACUGUGAACAUCAUGUGCAAGCCAGACAAGCUCCUGUUUCAUAGAACAUCCUAUUUUUCAUUUUGGGCCAAUGGCAAGAGAGAUGGCCAAUCUCUUUGCAUGAGUGUUGGCAGAGUCUGAACAUGUGAAAGACAUACUUUCACUUCUGAUGCACCAAGUGGAGCUGCAAGGUAAGUGCCUGCAUGCUGCUGGCUUUAUUCUUACUGAUGGACUGUUUAACAGCAUGGUUUUGGGACAGAUUUGAACUGGAAUGAAAAAGGACAGGAAACAUCUGGGGAACAAUGAAAAUUGUUACUGCCAGCUCUCAUCCAGUUCUGGUUUCCAGUCAAAUAAAUGGAUCUUUUCCUAAUUAGUGACAAAAUCAAGUUCUUCCGAGCAGGGACAAAUGACCAGUGAAGGUAAUGUUGCUUGUUAUACUGGGUCUGCUAGAAGGGAGGUUCUUCUUAAUUUUCCUCUUUGGAAUUUCCCCUCUGAGUGUUCUGGUGUUUCUUAUUUCCUCCUUUCUACUGUCACUUUCUCUUAGCUCUGGGCUGGGCUGGCAGUUCUCAUCAUUUUUUAGUACUGGAUCCAGAGUGAAAGAGCAGGAGCUGUCUGGCUUCAUAAGACAAAGAGACAAACCAUGGAUUCAGUAUUUGUGCCUGAAAAUGGCUACCUUGAUUUACUGCACAGUGAUAUUGAUCCAUUGCAUCUGUGUACUUUCUUUGAUACUAAGUCAUCUGGAGAUGAAGAAGGUGACUUCUCUACAGAUCUUGAAGUUGAGGCCAGCAACUAUGAACAGUUAAAUAAUGUGGAUUUCCCAUAUGAAAAUGGAGAUGGGUUCUACCCCUGUUGCAACACCACAGAUGCUUAUGCUAAAAUAGCUGAAUUAGUAGAAUAUGUGCUCAAGGAUCAGCAGGAGAAGCAGGUCGAAGACAUUUUUGCAGGGAACCUUAUUUUGGAUGACAUUGCUUCUGAAAACACUGAGAAAUUUCCUGACAUGAAGAUCCAGUCAUGUCUUAAACGAACUUUCUUAGGCUCUGCAGCAGAAAGUUACUGUGAUGCUUCAGAACCCAAAUAUAAGAAAAUUGUGGAAGUCUCUACAGCUUCUGCAGGGAAUGGCAGUUUCUUUGCUAUGCCUCUCAACAGCCACCCAGUGAACUGCACCUCUCUAACUAACCAGUACAUGUCCUGUUCUGUUCCUGCUGCCCAUGGGCUGGAAAGAAGCCUCAUAAUUCCUGGAUUGUCAGAACCUUUGACCACAGAGUGCCAACCAGUCAGUGUGAAAGGGUACCAAGAGAAUCUAGGCUUGGCAGGUCCUCCUCAGCAGAUAUUUAACUUUGUUCUUGAAAAUGGUACAUCUGAUGUUAUAGUAUAUCCAGUGCUGACAUCUUCCAUGGAAACAUUCAUGUCUCCAAGUUUUCCAGUUAAUUUAUGUGCACAACAAACGUAUGCCACAAGCCCUGGAAUUCCAGAUGCAGCAACAGACAGAUUAGCACAUUUAGAGGAAUUUCAAGAAGUUCAAGAUUCCAUAAUUUCUUCUGAAGAACCUUUCAAAAGACCAGAGCAAGUGGAAACUUUCUGUUCAUCCCUUAAGGAUUAUUUCCGAGACACCUGCAAAUCUGUGACCAUGGAGCGGGAAGUAAAUCUGGAUCACCUGUUCAUUGAUAGGACACUUGUUCAAAGUCAAACUGAAACCAAGACUGGAAAGAAUAGUGCAAAAGCAAUGGAAAAGGAGCUGGUAACCUGCAGCCUGCAAGAGAAGGAAAAGACAGCCAUUGAUAGAAGCCAAAUAUUUCAAAUCCCACAGCGUAAAGACUUGGAGACUAAAGUGAUUGUGGUUCUGGGAAAGGCAGGAAUGGGCAAAAGCAUUCUCAUUCAGAAGAUCUGCCAGGACUGGUCCAAUGGAGAGUUUUCUCAGUUUGAAUUUGUAUUUUGGUUUGACUGCAAACAACUAAGUUUGCCUGAGAAGCAAUACAGCCUGAAGGAGUUGCUUCUUGAAUUUUUUGUAAAACCUCAAGAGGGAAGCAAAGAGAUCUUUGAGUAUAUGUUGCAAAAUCCUGGUAAAGUCCUUCUGAUUUUUGAUGGUUUUAAAGGAUUGCAUGAUCAUGAGAAUUUUCCUCGUUGCUCAGCCAGCCAGCCUGAAAAGGAUUUAUGCAGUAUAAAGGAGCUGCUCUCAGGACUCAUCCAAAAAAAGGUGCUCAAUGGCUGUACCUUAUUAUUUACAGCAAGACCAAAAGACAAACUGUACCAGUAUAUGUCCAAAGUGGAUAAGACUAUUGAAAUUGUAGGAUUUUCUCCUCAGCAGAGAGAAUUGUACAUAACCAAAUACUUUGAAGAAUCACUCUAUUGUGAUAGUGCACUGAAAUUAAUCAAAGAGUGUGAGUACUUGUUCAGUCAUUGUUACAGUCCUGUUAUGUGUAGAUUUGUUUGUUUUCUCUGUGAGAUAGUGCUUGAAAUGGGAGAGAACAGUCUUCCUUCAACUCUUACUGAAGUCUUCCUGAAAUUUUUUCAGCAGAAGAUCAUGUUUAUGCAAACAGAUGUUACAACCACACAAAAUCAAGAGAGUCUUGCUACCCUAGCUCGUGUAGCCUGGUGUCUUGGAGAAAAGCACCAAAGUGCCAUGAAAAGUGAUCUUAUUCCUUCUAAGGAAGUUAAAGAGUUUGCUCUGAAGUAUGGGUUUUUCCUGCCAUUUGCAUUGCCCAGACAUUCAGAUAGUGAAGAAGAGGAAUUUGGGAGCACAUUCUCUGAUUUUGUCAUUCAGAAUUUCUUGUGUGCACUUCACCUUUUGCUAGCAGAAGAGCUCAAGGAUAAAAAUCUAACAAAGUACUUGUCUUUUCUAUCAAAGAAGAAAAAACCUUAUAACUGGUUAGAUUUAAUGCCUCGAUUUUUGGCUGGUUUGAUGUUUCUCCAGGAUGACCCCUCCUUCUGCUCUCUUUCAAAUGAGGAUGAAAAACAGUCAACCAAGAAGCAGAAGACACUCUUGAAAUACAUCAGAAGGCUGCAGAUUAAUACUCUCUGUCCAGAGAGGUUGCUGGAGCUUUUAUGUUGUGUUUAUGAAACACAGAACAAUUAUCUUCUGCAGCAUGUGGCCUUGAGACUCGAGCCAGAAUUGUCUUUUCUGGGCAUAGUUCUUACACCACCUGAUGUCCAUGUACUUCACUCUGUUUUGAAAAGGUCAAGAAAAGAGUUUUCCUUGGAUUUGCAGAACAGCAGCAUUGACAUGCAAGGGCUGCAAGCCUUGGUCAGCCUAAGGAAUGUGACAUCAUUCAGGGCUUCCCUCAGUGACACAGUCAGACUCUGGAAAUCUUUGGAACAGACAAAAGACUACGAACUGCUGAAAGCAUCCACAGAGAAAUUUGUUCUUGAUCCCUUUAAGGCAAAGACAAUGAAGGACAUCAGUGACCUCUCCGACCUUGUAGAGUUGCAGGAGAAGAUGAUGAAUUGUGUGCAAGAAGCAUCUGGUUGCACCAGCUAUGAAAUUCCUGCCAUCAGAAACCUCAGAAAACUUGAAUUUGCGCUGGGUCCAGCAUGUGGCCUUCAAGGAUUGCUAAAACUCGUGAAAAUUCUUGCAGCAUUUCCAUCACUUCAGCAUUUAGACCUUGAUGCUCUGAGUGAAAAUAGCAUAGGAGAUGAAGGAGCAAAGAGUCUAUCUGAAGUCUUUCCAACCUUGACAUCACUAGAAACAUUAAAUUUAUCACAGAAUAAAAUAACAGACGUGGGUGCAGAGAACCUUGCUACAGCUCUCCCUUCCUUGUCUUCCUUAAAAACACUAAGCUUGUACAAUAACAACAUUUGUGAUUUUGGAGCAGAAAAUCUGGCAAAGGUUCUUCCUGCAAUGACAUCUUUAAGAGUGCUAGAUGUUCAGUAUAACAAAAUAACUGGUGUUGGAGCCCAGCAGCUGACUGACAGCCUACGAAAAUGUCCCCACAUGAAGAACUUGGUGAUGUGGAAUCCUACCAUUCCCUAUGGAGUUCUUGAACACCUUCACCAGCUGGACUCCAGGAUCAGUGUGUAGAUUCAGAGGAUUCCAUAAGGUGUCAUAAAGAAAAGGGGAGGGUGUCCUCUGUGCUUUCCUGUCUUCUUGCUGCUUUAUGAAUCAGUGUUCUCAUGUUUGUUGCAAAAAAUCACAUUUCAGUUUCUAAGCAAUGCUUAAAUUGGGUGAAUUACAGCGUUUUAAAAUGCUAUUCCAAGACCCAACUGUAUUUCUACUUAAGUAGUAAAAAUUAAGUAACAUCAAAGAUGAAAAGAGCAUCUGGAUACUGUGACCACCAUUAAAGGAGACCAGGAACCACAAGGAUAUUGUGAGUAUAAAAAUCCAUCAUUGAGUCAUCGAAGAGGAAACUGAAAGUUGCUCAACCUGCAACAUCUGAAGCACUGACAGAUCAAAUCUGAAUGUUUUCUCCAUGGUGCCAGUGGUAACUACCAUCAAAUUUGCUCUAAUGAUUUUGGACUUUCAAAGCUCAGUGUUACACAUUUCACCUGUCUGUAUGGACUCAUUGGAAGCACUAGGGUGAGGAGCAUAAAAAAGAGUCAUCAGCCCUAGAAAAUGUUCUGAUAAGAUUAUCCACAAGCAUCUAGAAGCUGCUCUUUUCUUCAAAAUAAUCAGUGAAUCUAGAAGCUGCUCUUUUCUUCACUAAUAAUCAGUGCUGCCUUAAGGGAUAGAAACAUCUUCUAUGAUUUGUUACAGAAUCCUUCAAAAAGAUUGGAAAAAAAAAAAGUAAUGAGAAGAAAGGAAUUGAAAGUGAAAAACUGUGAAGUAUUCUUCUAACAUUAUUGCAGAAAUCCAAAUAGAUAAAAAUAGCCAGUUCAUUGCACACAAAUCCUCAAACGAUCUUUGAAGGUUUUUACUUUGUCUCAAAUGAGAACUCUAAAGUCAUAUACCUGGAUUGAUAUUUAAUUUCUUAAAUGCAGCUGGCAGCAUAAAUGUUUACAAGCACCAGUUUUAUACUUGACAGUGAUAUCACUACUGUGUGUGGUUUAUGUGGCCUUCUGGUUCAGAGUUAUAAGUAACCAGGCAAUCAGACAAAAGCACAUUUCAAAACACAUGUCUAUGCUGCUGGUCUCAGUCAUAAUGUGGGCCAAAUAUUCAUCCUUCUGACUGCAACAGCAAACCACUUGUCUCUUUUAUUCUUUUAUUUCUUCUCUGUGAACAUGAAGAGAACUUUAAAUUGUGCAGAGGCAAUUGGCAGGUCAAGAGCACCAUUCUGGAUUCCUAUCCAGACACAGCCUGAGACAGAACAACAAAAAGCUAGGAAUGCUCAAAAUGCCACAAAUGGGGAAGUCUUUAUUUCACAGUUAGCUCAGAGUUAGUUCAACAACCUCUUUGAAAUCUCUUCUGCUUGGAAGCACUGACAAUACUGACCCAAGUGCAAACUAGAAUCUCUCAAAUACUCUGUUUCUUGAUCUUUAAAAAUUCCCAGAUUUAAACAGUUCAAAAUCACAACAGUCAUAUUCUUUCCAGCAAGUUCUACUCCUCUCUUAAGUUUCAGUGCCUGCAAAAUCUUGACAGCAGGGAUGUGGACAAAUUAAAGAGAGUGGACAAAUUAAAGAGAGGAGGGAGAAAGGAAGGUCUGUUUGUUGUUUCUGAGAGCAGGGAAUCAGGCACGUAAAGGAACAGAGAGCAAGGAGCAAAAACUCUGUGGAGAAUAUGAUUGUAAUUAGAAUGAGGUAUUUUUCCUAAUUACUUGCAUGGUUCUUCUCUGUAGCCAAACUCUAGCCAGAGCCAUGCAUAAAAAUCUUAUUUAUCCUCUCCUCUUGGAGCUGCUUGAAUGGGAGGUAGUUUGAGCCAAAUCUGGUGUGGUAGUCCUGUUAGCCUGCAGCACUCUCCCCAUGCACAUCUGUGGUGAGCCCUUGUCUUGACCUCUCCUAACUAAGAUUUGGAUGACAAAUGCUCCUUUAGGGAUAUAUUCUGCAGCUGCACUUUACCAUGACUGAGUCUGAAAAUGUGCUAAAUAUUCCACAGGCAGCUGAAUGUUAGAGGGUGCUGUCUGGACUACUAAAAUCAUGUUGGCUGUACUGCUGUUCUCUGAGUUAGUGGGAGUUUUAUAAUGUAUAGGAAGUUUAUAAUGUACAGAUUGUAAAUUUUCAUACAGUGUUUUGGUUGUCUUUACACAUCUUUUUUAAAGUAUUAAUAAAAGUAAGUAUUCUGUUUAACAGUA